CAUUGUUAAGUAAUCAACGUAAAUAAAGCGAAAGAGAAAGAUGAAGCUCCUUACUCACAACAUGCUUACUUCUAGUAUUAUAAAAGGUGUAAAGAAGGGAUAUCCACUUACAAUUCAGGCAACUAAAGUGGAGGUGAAAGAGGUUGAUUUUAAUCCAGAGUUCACAGCCAGAAUGAUUCCUAAAGUUGAUUGGCCAGCUUUAUGUCAGGCAGCUGAGUCAGUUGGUCAUAAUGAAGGUUUACCAACAGAAAUAGCUGAAAGUUAUGAAUCUGAUGAAGAUUUUUUGAAAAAGGCACACAGAAUUCUUAUGGAGGUAGAAGUUGUAGAAGGAGAUCUGAUCUGUCCUGAGACAGGAAGGAAAUUCCCAGUCAAUAGGGGAAUCCCCAACAUGUUGCUGAAUGAAGACGAGGUGUGACAGAAGCCAUUUUAAACAAUCUUAUGAUAACAUUUUUGUGUCAUACAUUUUCUAUGACUUGAUUAUUGAAUAUACAACAUUAUUGUGAUAAUUCAUCAUGUGAAAUGUAAAGUAUCAUUGGAAAUAGUUGUGUAAAGAUAUGAACACAAUCUUCAUAUGUUCUUUGUUACAGAAUUUGAUAAAAAAUUUCCUCUAUUGUAGAAUGCUUGUUUUAAGCAUGUGUCUGUUAAUAAAGGUAUAGCCAAGUAUAUAUUUU